GCUCUAAGCAUUAAAGAGAGAUAUAUAUCUAGAGAGAGAGAGAGAAAGUGAUGGAAUUUCUUCAGUCGUUGCAUGCUAUGAGUCUGUCCAUUGCUUUCCUUCUAUUCUUCAUGUUUUGUAGUUUAUUAUGGUCCUGGUGGAUCACCCCAAACAGAGCUUAUCAGAAACUUAGGAGGAAUGGAUUUAGUGGUCCAAUUCCAAGUUUCCCUCUAGGAAAUAUUAGUGAUAUGAAAAAGAAGGUGUUGAAUGCUUCUCAUUCUACACUUUUAUCCUCAAAUAUCUCCCAUGAUAUCCAUUCAACUGUCUUCCCAUACUAUUCUCGCUGGCAAAAAUCCCAUGGGAAGGUGUUCAUCUACUGGCUAGGAACAGAGCCAUUCUUAUAUAUUGCAGACCCGGAGUUCCUAAAACAGAUGUCUGCAGGUGUAAUGGGCAAGAGUUGGGGGAAGCCUUCUGUGUUUAAACACGACAGACAUCCCAUGUUUGGUAAUGGUUUGGUCAUGGUUGAAGGUGAGGAAUGGGUUCGUCACCGACAUGUAAUUACUCCUGCAUUCUCUCCAGCAAACUUGAAGGCUAUGGGAAGCUUAAUGAUGGAGACCGCCACUAACAUGAUAGACCGGUGGACAGCCCUUAUCAACUCCGGCAAGGCAGAAAUUGAUGUCGAGAGAGAAAUCAUGAGCACAGCUGCGGAGAUCAUUGCCAAGACGAGCUUCGGAAUAAGUUAUGAAAAUGGUAGGAAAGUGUUUGAUAAAUUGAGAGCCAUGCAAGUGUCACUCUUCAAUACCAAUCGCUCCGUUGGGGUACCAUUUAGCAAGUUAAUGCACCUUAGAAAAACCCUAGAAUCAACAAGACUAGGGAAGGAGAUUGAUGCCCUGCUUUUAAAAAUCAUAACAGACCGAAAGAAAUCGAAAGAUGGGCGCCCUCAGAAGGACCUUCUCGGCCUACUUCUAGCGGGGAACACCGUGGAUGGCCGGUUUGGGAAGCCGCUAACAACCGAAGAGCUGGUGAAUGAGUGCAAGACAUUUUUCUUCGCUGGUUUUGAGACCACGGCGUUGGCUGUCACGUGGACGUUGCUACUUCUGGCGGUGCACCCUGAAUGGCAGAAUCACCUAAGAGAAGAGAUCAAAGAAGUGAUCGGAGAUAGAGAGGUUGAUGCUACAAUGCUUGGUGGACUUAAGAAGAUGGGAUGGGUGAUGAAUGAAGUCCUCCGACUAUAUUCACCAGCACCGAACGUGCAAAGGCAAGCAAGAGAAGACAUUCGAGUGGACGGAGUGGUUAUUCCUAACGGAACCAAUAUGUGGAUAGAUGUGGUAGGCAUGCACCAUGACAAGUCUCUUUGGGGCGACGACGUGAAUGAGUUCAAGCCGGAGAGGUUUAAGGAUGACUUGUAUGGCGGGUGCAAGCACAAGAUGGGGUUUUUGCCUUUCGGAUUUGGAGGGAGAAUGUGUGUUGGCAGGAAUUUGACAAUGAUGGAGUAUAAGUUUGUGUUAACCCUAAUUCUCACUAGGUUUUCCUUCUCCCUCUCUCCAAACUACUCUCACUCUCCCUCUAUCUUGCUGUCCCUCAGGCCCACUCAUGGCCUGCCACUAGUAUUUCAGUCUCUUUAGUUCUAUAUUGGUUUUCUGUUAGUAAAUAAUUAACAAUAUAUAUAUAUAUAUAUAUAUAUAUAUAUAUAUAUGUAUUCCCAUAGUCAAGAACUAACUAGCUACCUAGUGCAUUUUGGUAUUUUUUCUGUUUAGCAUUUGUAUUUUUUUUUUCUUUCCUUGUUGUACAAGUACAAAAUGAAAUAAAGAUAUCAGGAGCAUUUCAGUC